AUGGCGGCGCCUGCUCUAGCCGACGCACGCGAUGCUGACGGCCUCACGCCGCUCCAUCUUGCCGUUGUUCACGGCAAUGUGCCCCUAGUGCAGACGUUGCUCGCCGCCGGUGCGGAUGUAAACGCACGCGAUAACGAGCACCAUACCGUCGUGCAUUGGGCCACCGUAUGCGGCGAAGUGGGAGCACUUCGGGCAGUGUUGGCAGCGGGAGCCGAUGCUGCGACACCCGACCAACAUGGCGGUUAUCCGUUACAUUAUGCAGCGCAAAUGUGCGGAGCUCCUGCAGCAACCGACCAUCAGAGCAGAGGAGCUGCACUGGAAGUAUUGCGUGCGUUAGUGCGGGAAGGCGGUGCGAGUGUGGACGUGCGCGAUGCGGACGGACGCACGCCGUUGUUGUGGGCAGCUUCGGCUGGCUCUGCUGCUGCUGUAUUAGCUCUGCACCAGGCUGGAGCCAGGGUGGACGAUGCUGAUAGAGAUGGUUUAACUGCUUUACACUGUGCGGCAGCAAGAGGUCACACGGAAGCUUUAGAGACUUUGGUAGGCCUAUGCGGUGCUAGAGUAGAUGUGGUGGAUUCGCACGGCUGCACCCCACUCCACUACGCCGCUGCGCUGGGCCACGCUGACGCCACUUCCGCGCUGCUGGUGCACGGCGCAGAUGCACAUCGCCAGGACAGGAGAGGUCGGAGCCCUGCCCACACGGCUGCCGCGAAAGGACAAAUUGAAACUGUUCGAAUCCUUGGGGCACGAGGAGCAAAUCUAUGGCUACGUAAUUCAAAAGGUGAUUUGCCAUUACAUGAAGCUGUUGCAUCUGGUCGCAGAGAGUUAGUAAAAUGGCUUUUAGAUGGAAGACCAUCGCAAGUAAACGCAACUAAUCACGAGGGCCGCACACCUCUACACAUAGCAGCAGCAACCGAUAAUGCCGAUCUUUGUCGUCUCCUGCUUGAUCGUGGAGCAGAAGUUAAUCUAGUUGCAAGAUCGUCAAAGAAUGAACCUUUAACACCAUUGGAUUGCGCCGCUAGUCGAGGUCAUAGAUCAACAGCAAAAUAUUUGCAAAUGCACGGUGGUUUACCUGCAUCAAAAUUGUCAAAUACUGAAAUUGUUAUUGACGGAGCUCCAAUUUCCGCCUUACCGCAACGAAAAGUCACCAGCACAAAAAUAGAUGUACGUGAUCGUAUUAGAAUAGAAAAAAGAGAAGUAGUUGAACUUUCAAGUCCUUCAUUAGAAAGACGACGUACAAAAGAAAGAAGUUACGAUUAUUUUACUAAUGAUUCUUCUUCUGAUGACAGGAAAUCCAGAAAAAAAUCUAACAUCAAGUAUUCGGAAAAAUAUCAAGAUCGUAAGAAAAGGCUAAUUAGAGCGCAAAAGAGUUUUAGUGAUGGUUAUGAUAGUGAGUUUGAAGGUUAUGAGACAAAGGAAUAUCACAAACGAAAACACAAGCAAAGUUCAAGAAAUAAAAAAAACAGAUCUAAAAGUGAACCAUCAAGACAACAUGGCACUAGUGCGAAACAUCGCCGGCGCGUUCGGUCUACAUCAGAGAGUUCUUCAGAUACAGAGAGUUACGAAGAAAAAAAGAAAAAACGCGGUCACCGCAAGCACAGCAAAAGAAAAAUAAGCUCCUCAUCAGAGUAUAGCAGUGAGCAGUCUAGUGAGAGACGUAAUACAAAAGUAAAAGCAAAGAAAACAUCUAUACAUAUCGAACACGAUGAUGAAAAACAAAAAGUUAAUAUAGUAAAAUAUAAAAAUUUUGAUCAUGGACAAAAUUUAGAAUCCAACGAAAAUAUUAUUAAAGAUAACUCCGUAGAUGGGCCUUCAAUGAAAUCAGAAUCCGACAUACAAGAGUUAAAAAGUAAAACAAAACCAUGUAGCGAAACCGAGGCAGAAGCUAUUUCGGUAAAAACUAAUAUGGUUGUUACUGAAGCACAGAUACACAUGGAACGAGAGUCUACACUUAAUGGGAGUUCUGAAUUAAUUGUCACAAUGGAUUCAUCCAAUAACGUUGCAAUAGAAACUUCAAAUUUGCCUGUGACUCACAAAGAUUUAAAUGACGAAACAGGAAAAAAUCUUGAAAAUUCGUAUGACAGCGUUAAUAAGGAAAAUGAAAAUAAAACGCAAAGCGAAAAUAAUGGUGAAUGUGAUGUAAAUAAUGAUAGUCCUGAUAAUAAAAAAGAAGAUACCGUACGUGGUGAAGAUAAUAUAAUGAAAAUUCAUGAUGAAGAAUCUUUAAAGGUAAAUGAAAUGUCUUUAAAAAAACAACCACCAACUAGCGAUCAACCUGAUGUCGACGUAAAUAAAUCCGGAAACUUAUUGUCAGAUGAUAUUAAUCAAAACGAUAAUACAAGUUCAAAAAUAUUACAAGAAAGUCAAGAGUCUUCAAAAGAAUUAUGUCAAGAUUCCAAAACAGAUAUUGUAUCUGAUGAUGUAUGUAAGGAAUCCCAGUCGCGCUCAAACUCUAAUUUAGAAUUUCUUCGGAAAAGAUCGUUUCAGGUUCUAUCGGGUCCCGUUGAUGUAAAUCAAAACGAUAACAUGUCUUCAGAUAAAACGAGUCUAGAUAUAACAAGUGGUAAUAAUUCAGGAUCUCAAGAAAAAGGUGGCUCAACAUCAGUAUCCUUUGCAAAAAAAGAUGAAAUUUUCAAAAUUAAUGACUCUGAUUAUGCAUCAGAUCGCUUAAUGGGCGAAGAAGUUGAGCAUACUGAAGUUGAAGGAGAAACGGACAUAAAAUCUCAAGACGGGAUUGACAAAAGCCAAGUGAAGAAUCAAUAUGCAUCAACUGCAACAAGUAAUAGUGAUAUGGUUUAUAGUAUCGAUAAUGGAAAUGUUAUUCAUGUCCGCGAUGAUAUGCAAGCUGUUGAUCGAGCAGUGCAACAAAUUAUUAUGCAAAGUGCAUCUGAAGAAUACGAUAUGAAUGUAUCGCUACCAUUAACUUCCCCUAAAUCAAGAAAAUACACAAGAGACAGUCAAACGAAUAGUCGUAAAAGUAGCAUUUAUGAAACUGAGAGUUAUAAAGUCUUAUCAGAUGUAACGAGUACUGUUGAAGGUAUCUUGAAAAAGUCAAGUAAAUUAGAUGAAGGGUCGCUAGAAGAAGAUAAAGCUGUUGAUGAAGAUAAGGCUAUUCUCUUUAAAGACAAUUUUUUUAGUAGGGUACCCAGCGUAAGUGACAAUGAAAUUUAUUAUAGUCACUCCGAAGCAAAUGGACGUAGAAAACGGUUUCGUAAGAAAGGUAGAUCAAAAAGUCGCAUAGCAAUAAGAUCUAAAAGUGAGAACUCGGAGAGGGGUUACGAAUCUAGUGGGUUGAUGGAUUCGGGAUUUGAACCAAGUCCUAGACCAGUACAGCGAUGUAUUGUGAGUCCCCGUCUAAACGCCUAUUAUCAACAGAGAAACGCUAGUGGCAAAUUUUAUGGUAGAAUGGACAGCAAAAUUCCUGUACGUAAGCCUGGAGACAAAAACGCAGUGGAUAUGAGGUCUGUAACGCAAAGAAUACAAACUAACAUGAGAAGGUAUUACUGUGAACGAAAAAUAUUUCAGCAUUUACUAGAACUUAAGCGCUUACAAAUAAGGACUAGUAAAGCAAACGAAGCUGUUCUUGUAAAAAGAGCUAUUGAUGAAUAUAAUAAAUCCAGUUUGGCAAAUGUUGGAUUGGGUCCAUAUAACAAUCCAGAGUAUUCUUUUAGCAGUUUUGAAAAAUUUCUUUAUGACAGUUUGAGAAAGUUACAGAAAAGUGGAAAGAAGCAUUUAGAUAAGCUUCCCGAAAAACCUAUAGAUUUUGAUUACGGUGAAAGCGAACUGUACAAAAUGAGCGCUAUUCCAGAUAAUCCCUGUUUAUGCACUAGCAAGACACAUCGAUGUUUUCAUGCUGUACAUGCAUACACCGGCAUACCAUGCUCUGCAUAUAUUCCUUACAAAUGGAAUCACCACACGAUGCCUAAACCGUUGACAGCUGUUCCAAGUUCGAAGUCUAAAGGUUUCCUACCAAAAAUUAACUCGAAGCCACCGUCAGGUGCAAACAAAGCACACGUUACAUUAGAAGUGUCACAUGGUACUGAAAAACAGCUGAUAGCACUACCUGCUGAAAAAUUGGAUAAAAAUAAGAGAUAUUAUGUGACGUUUACAGUAAAAGGCUCUGAGCCAACAUCGGAUAACGACAAUGCCACGGCGGCAGCAAGCCCCAAUAAUAAGAGCGUUCGCAGUGGCUGA